AUGUCUGCGGGGAAGCGCGCCAUGAAGGCCAAGGGCAGCAACGGACCCGUCGUGGGGUUUGCCCUCGUCGUGGCCACCGGCUUCUUCUCCAUCCCGUUCGUGGCGCACUACACCAAGGGAGCCAACUUGACGGCUCAGGAGAAGCCGCUCAACGCGUCGCAGAUCCGACGCGGGGCCUACGCCAACAGCGGCUCGCGCGAUGCCGGCGUCGACCCGGACUGGGACCUGAAGACGGGCACGUACCACGGCCGACGCGGGCCGAGCGUCAAACACUCGACGGGGCCCAAGCACGCCGAUGAGUAG